CCACCGCCCAUCGCCCCUCAAAGUUUCGAAGUCUCAAGUCGUGAUGAGCUUAUUAAAGAUGGCGGCCGCCCGGCCUGCUCAACCCAAAAGCUGUCACACAUCCUCGCUGAGCCCACGACCAGGUGCACGGCGAUUCUUCCAUGGCUCAGCGAUGACCCAGACACAGAGACUGGGACUGGAGAGAUAAAGACAGUUUUUUCAAGACAAUUCACGCGGUGGUGGAACUUUCGUAAAUCACAAUGGAGCAACCGAGGGCUUGACGAUAGUGAGGAGGGAUUCUCUGCGUUUCUUGAGGCAAACAGGCGCAGAUAUGAGGAGAUGGGUGCACAAGCGAUGGUGUCUGCCCCUUCGUUCAACGAGACCAUCCGGCGGCAGUGGCAACACAUGCCAACAUCCAAACAACUACCUGACGGCCAGUCGUUCUCCGCCUACAAAGACGCAGUCCAGACGCGUCUCACACCUCACCACUUCACUCGACGUCUUCAGUUGAAAAAGAAUCCACACCAACAGGAUGUGUGGACCAACUGGCUUGAGUAUCUCAAUUUUGAGAAAUGGUGUUUGGAGCCGUUGACUGCCACUGCAGAAUCUCUGGAGCAGCAAUUCCUGGAAUCCUGGAAGCUGCUCAGCGCAAGAGAUCCGGAUAGCAACAUCGCUUCAAGCAGGCCAUUGGAAGUGGCCCAAGCAGAACGGGAUGCGAGCAACAAAACGAUUCGCGACUUCAUUCGAGAGACAAAACCGUACAAGUGUGCGCAGGCAGCUGCCUUCUACCAAAGGCAUCGGGUGGAGUGGGUUAUCAGGGAAGCGCGUUUGAUGGAGGCUAAGAUGUCCCAGCAGAGAAAGAUGGCGAAGAGCAACACGAAGGACGACAAUACGAAAGAGAGCAAGAAGAGACGACGUGAUGACGAGGAAGAGAUAUCCCCCGAGUCACAAUCGAAGAGGGCCAAAGGACGAGUCGGUAGUGAAAAUGCAGCUUCGGGCGCAACAAGGGACAGGCCUCACACUCGAAGCGUUCGUCGGAGUGCUCGCCACACUGGCCUGCAAAACGGAAUUUGA